CGUCACCGGCGCCCCGCCCCGCCCCGCCCCACUGCAUGGAACCCGGGGGAGAAAAUAGCCGCCGGCAGCGCCAGUCCCGAGGGGGAGUUGGCGCGCGCACUCUGAUCUUUUCAUCCCGGAACCGGAUUGAAUCCGGAGGGGCUCGCUCGCUCGCUCUCCCUCCCUGCGCGCGUGCCCGGCCGCUCGGGCGGCGGUUGGAGGCAGGAGCGGCCGGCAGCCGGGCCGCACGGAGCCCUGCCUGGGACAGAGCCGCCGCGCGGACGCAACAGCAACAUUGAGAGCCGAGGGAGCAGAUAACCUCCCCCAGGAAGUGAGGAAAGAGAGAGGUAGGCUGGGCUGUGUUCCCUUCCCUUUCUCUGGGCCCAGAACAUAGCCCAGUCCCCCACAUCACCCAGGAUAAGAACCUUCUGUUACUGCCAGAGUCUGCAACAAUCAAGCAGUUGUACUGAGUUCAAGUUCAGAAGUACUUUACACAUGAAGCCAAACUGGCUCUCUAGCUGACAUCCCUCUGGCACCAUCUCAGCAGAACUGGACUUGAAUCAUGGAGGAACAUCAGCAGCAUUUACACUGUGUCAAUUGUGUCAGUCGGCGUUGCAUGACCAGACCAGAGACUGGAAUUUCCUGUGACUUGAUUGGCUGUCCACUGGUUUGUGGAGCAGUCUUUCAUUCAUGCAAAGCUGAAGAGCAUCGCAUUUUGUGUCCAUUUGAAAGAGUGCCUUGUUUGAAUAGUGGCUUUGGAUGUCCCUUUAAUGUAGCCCGAAACAAAAUCGCUGAACAUCUAGAAAUGUGUCCUGCAAGUGUGGUUUGCUGCACUAUGGAAUGGAAUAGAUGGCCAGUCAGUUAUGCAGACCGGAAAUCUUAUGAAAAUCUAAGUAAAGAUGUUGAUGAAGUAGAGCAGUUAGACAUGGCUUUAGCCCUUCAAGACCAGCGCAUGCUAUUAGAAUCCCUCAGAGUAGCAACUAUGAUGUCAAAAGCAGCUGAUCAGAUAUCAGAACCUAGAGAGGAGACUUCUGUUAAGUCAAGUGCUCCUGACACAAUGCUUUCAAAUGGGUUGAUAGCUGCAGAUGGAGAUUCCUACAGUGCACUUUAUCAAGCUACUGUAGAAACUACUAAGAGUUUAGCUGCUGCAUUAGAUAUACUGAACACUGCUACAAGAGACAUAAGCAUGUUAAGUUCAAGACUAAGUAUUUUGCCAUAUGAGAUGAAUGAAGAUUUUCAGAUCAAAGAACAAACUACUAAUGGAUGUAUUCAAAGUAAAUUGUCAGACUAUGAAUAUCCAGAUGAAGAUAACAUGGGAGCAGUUGGUGGAAUUGACUUCGAUAUCUUGAGCCAAAAUUCACAAUCGGAACAAAAUGGUUCAAGUGAUUUUUGUUAUGAUAUAGUGCAAAAACAUGACUUGAAUGUGAACAUUGGUAAUGCUUCUGCUCUGUGUAAUGGUUUUCAUGCAGAAAAUAUAGGUACAGAGGCAUUGGACCAGAAUGAAGAUCUAGAUGUGUGUGAUUCAAAACCAUCUAAUGUAGCAAAUGGUGAAUGUAUUGCAUCUCCUGAUGAUGGAGCAUUGAAGUCUUGCAGCUCCUUUCCUGUAGCAGCACAACAACUUAGAGAAGUGAUAACGCCCCACAGUUUAUUUAAUGGCGCUGUUAACCAUAUGCAACUGCCACAUGUGUCCAGUGGAGAGGAAGUGCUAGAGAGGCAAUUGGAACAAGAAAGAUUGAGAAAUGUAGAUGUGUUUUCUCUAAUUCACCAUCGAUCAUACAAUUUUCUUGUUAACCACUGUUGGUCUACACCAAAGGAAGACAAAGCUGUUGAUACAUCAGAUUUGGAGAUAACAGAAGACCCUAUGGGUCUUCAGGGGAUAGAUCUAAUCACAGCAGCUUUGCUGUUCUGUCUAGGAGACUCUCCGGGUGGUAGGGGGAUAUCAGAUAGUCGCAUUGUUGAUGGAUAUCGCAUUGAUUUUGGGACUCAAACAUUUUCCCUUCCAUCUGCGAUAUUGGCCACAAAUACAAUGGUAGGGGAAAUAGCUUCAGCUUCAGCAUGUGAUCAUGCCAACCCACAGCUCUCAAAUCCAAGUCCUUUUCAGACACUUGGUCUGGACUUGGUAUUGGAAUGUGUGGCUAGAUACCAAACAAAACAGCGUUCAAUGUUUACAUUUGUUUGUGGACAAUUGUUUAGGCGAAAUGAAUUUUCUUCACAUUUUAAGAAUGUGCAUGGUGACAUUCAUGCUGGCCUCAAUGGCUGGAUGGAGCAGAGGUGUCCCUUGGCAUACUAUGGGUGUACGUACUCUCAACGUAGGUUUUGCCCUUCAACACAAGGGGCAAAGAUUAUUCAUGAUCGCCAUCUGCGGUCAUUUGGGGUUCAGCCUUGUAUAUCUACAGUAUUAGUAGAACCAGCCAAAAGCUGCCUCAUUGGUCCAAGUAGUGAUCAUCUGAGUAGUCUUCCUUUUGAGGUUCUACAACAUAUUGCUGGUUUUCUAGAUGGUUUUAGUUUAUGUCAGCUUUCAAGAGUGUCACGAUUAAUGAGAGAUGUAUGUGGAAGCUUGCUUCAAGCACGUGGAAUGGUCAUACUGCUUUGGGAAAAAAGAAAGUACCCAGAUGGAAGUUCUUCAUGGCAAAUAAAAGAAAAGGUGUGGCGGUUCAGUACAGCUUUUUGUACUGUAAAUGAGUGGAAGUUUGCGGACAUCGUAAGCAUGGCUGACCACUUGAAGAAAUGUAAUUAUAAUGCUGUAGAGAGAAGGGAGGAGGCUGUCCCGCUGCCAUGUAUGUGUGUAACACGAGAACUCACUAAAGAAGGACGUUCACUCCGCUCUGUCUUGAAACCUGUACUUUAAAUGCAAUGUCACUCCACUUGCACAUACACUCAAGCACCUGAUAUAACCUCUAUGUAAUAUUAUGUGACACUUUAUUAAUGUACUAAAGAUAAUUUCUAGUUAAAUCUACUCUGUCACUAUGUAUAUGAUGUUUUGAAGUGACAUUUAUUUUUUAUAAUACUGUUUAGUUGAAAGUAUUGAAAGUUGCCUUAAUGUUUGAAAAAUUUGGAACUUGCUGGACAGAGUAGUUUUAUCUAACUUAUAUAAUUUUUUUAAAAAAAUCUCUAAUGUAUGUUUUUUUUUGAUUCACUGGUGCCCAUAUUUGUGCUGAAUUAAUACAAUUUCAGAAAUGAACUUCUAUAGGUAUGCACAUUCAAAUAGGAUACUUUGAGUUGUAGUGAGACAGGAUCCCAACCAAACACAUUUUGUGUGUUUGGUCUUGUUACAAAUUACUAAACAUUCAAAAGCUGAACACUAUUCAAAACUUUGAAGUAGAUGUCUCAGACAAACCCUUGACUUUUUAAGCACAUGUGUGCGAAUUUCUUAGUUUAAUCAGUGUUCUAGUGCUCAUCCUAGUUUAAUAUACAUGUGAUCUAGGAUAUGCAUUUUUAAAAAUAUGUAGCAAUGAGCUAAGUGAACUCUGAUUUAUGGCAGAUUAAUUUUAGCACAACUUUCUUUUGAAGAGUCAGCAGUGGUUACUUUUCUUGCGAACUAACAGUUAUUUCACUUUUGGGAGCAAACCUCUUGAAGUUAAAACUAUGAAAUAUUUAUUAGCUGUUAGGUUGGCAUUUGAGUUUAUAAUUUUUUUUUUAAAUCCCAUUCGUCAAUCCUAUAGUUGAGUAAAAGAGAAAAUGCUCGAACAAAAUCUUCCUAUUUCUUGUCAUAGAUUGGAAUAUGGGAUGCACAACUGUGGAUUUAAAAUGCAGCUAAUGAAAGGGCUUAAAUUGUUUUAUGGUAUUGUAACAUGUAUUGUCUUUCAUUUCUGUUAAUUUGUCUAUAAAAAUGCUACAUUGAUUGAGGGCAUUUUAACUGCCUAAGUGCAUCAAAAUGUAUCAUAUUCAUAAAAUGAGACCAUUUCCAUGCAUUGCAUAUGGCAUAUUCACAAUGUUCUGUUCAGUCACAUAUUUGAUAAAUGAACAACUCUAAAUUGUUUCCACAGUCUUCUGUAAUGUAGAAACUUGCAUAGCAUUUUGUGACUAAGUAUGUACUAUCAGAAAUGCCCUGGUAAUAGCAAAAGUACACUAGCUUAAUUCAAAACAACUUUCAGACUUUUGUGUUGGUGACCACACCAACUGGUCUGUUGCACUUGGUAACUGUGCCACACACUAAAACAGAAACAGACCAGAGUUUGGAAUGAUGAAAUAUAGUAUGUAUUUCAAUUUUAGGUAAAACAAGGUACCCUUAAGGAUAGAAUGCUACAGAAAUGGUUACAUUUAAAGCUUGUAACUUCUAUAAGAGAUACUUGUUUAUGGCUAACCUGGCUACAGUUCACAAUUACAGCAUCUGUGUAUUGUCCAUUCUGGGUCCAAUCCAGCUAAACAGUCAUUGCCUUUUUCUGUUCGGAAUGCUAAAGGUGCUCCAGAAAGAAACACAACCCAGUUCUUCAGUGCCAUAUGACAAAACUGUUGAAGAGCUCAAGCAAAACAAGCUCUCUCCAUCCCGUUCUCUGGAAUGUCUGAAUCUCUGGACCAUGUGUCUUUUUGGCACUUCUUCCUCCCACCUUGGUUGGGAGCAAAUGGGGGAAGAACUCUCUGCACACAAAAAAAGGUUAAUCUGGUUUCGGUAACUCUCCAUACAUAUCCUUGGUGGUGGCUGCAGGGAACAUAAAUGAUAUACUAAUUUGGACAUACAAAUUAGGUUUUAGCUGUAGGUAGAAGGAGCCCUAUCUCCCUGCCCUCUAGUGUGUUGCAAUGCCCUUUAUUCUCAAAACCAAGAGAGAGAAACCUCCAGUCCCAUGCAGGGACAGCUUCCCUUUCAGCACUGUAUCUCUUAGCUGUAAUGGACCCUUACUGCUUUUCCCUGACAUCCAGAAGUAGCUGUUAUACUGGAAGAACUCAGACUAUUCAGGCUCCAUCUUUAAAACUGCCUCCAAGGUAGUAGAUAUUCACUUAGCCAAGGACUGCUAUGACUUUGGUACUUAAUAUUGUUUGUAACUACCAGGAUCCUGCUUCCUAUAGAAUAACUGGGCUGGGUAGAGGUGUUUCUCUAGAGAGAAGAGGGUCCUGCAAGGGCUUAUAUUGACAGAAUCUAGCCUGUAGCUCAGUGCAAAUAUGCAGCUAAAGUAAAAUCAGUUAUGCUUUGUUAAAAUAGGCAUUUUAAAUACUAGAUAUUUUCAUCUUGACAGAUAACACUACAUUCUCAACACAUGCACUUUUGUUCUCAAAUAUUAGAUACUGACUUUUUUUGUUAAUAUAAGUUUCUAUUUUUAUGAAAAUCCAGAGCUAUUAAAAUAUCAAUGAUGUAAACAAAAUUUCUGCUUGUAAAUUGUUUCAGAUGCAGGAAUACAUUACGUAAUUAGUAUAACAUUUAUUUUAUACUGCUAUGCAGUCUGUAAAACAUCAGUAAUAUGUAAUCAGUCUAUCAGAAUUUGCCUGUUUUUGUUCAUAUUUGUCCUGGGACUUUAAAAAUAUCAUCUUUCUCAUUUUCCCCAAAUCCUAACUCCCCUGUUGCAAUCUCCUUUACAGCAUAUGUACACAGCUGUUACAUUCUUUGUCUUUUACUUGAUGCUGCAUUGCUACCUUUUUAAAAUGUUAUGUUUUCAAUCAUUAUGCAAUUUUUUUUGCAAUGUCUGUUAAAAUUCUAAUAAAAUACAUUUGGAGUUUCCCUUUA